GUCAAAGGGCAUAACAUUUAUAUUAUAAUUGACAAUUGGUAUAAAUAAUUGAAUAAAGUCCGCGAAUGCGUUUAUGGAUAAUUUGUGAGUCAAAGAAAGUGAAAAGAACUAAAAUAGAUGUCGGUUGCACUUAAAGUGUGGCCAAUAAUGGAUUGUAUUAGCCAGCUGACAGAGGACUCUAGUUGAGCAGGCGAGAGGGAGGAGGCAACACCUAGGGUGUUGGCCAUUCAAAUUGUCAGCCAAUUUCCAGGCAAUUUGCAUAAAUCAACAGCAAUGCGGAUUCGGAUUCGAAUUUGGAUCAGCUAUAAAGAGGACAUGCCAGGACCUGGCCAGGGCACAGUGAAGCAAUAGCAGCAAUAGCAGACCAGAUGUUGACUGAGGUAGACUCGACACGGGCCUUUCGGUAUCAAUGGUACUUCUGGCGCUGCAUUGGCCUCCAUCCGCCGGCUGAGGAUUCGUUUUGGGCACGCCACUACAGGGCCUGGAGCAUUGUGGUCAAUGUGCUGCCCAUGAUCUGUAUGCCGUUGUCCUUCUACAUGGAAUGCCUGCACAGUCGCUCCCUAACUGCAUUCUGCGAGGCUUUCUAUCUGGCCGCCGUCACCUUCGUGCAGCAGAUGAAGCUGAUCAAUGUGAUUCGCGUGCGUGGCCAUUUGCUGGAGCUGCAGGUCAUCAUGCGGCAGCUGGAUGGCCGUCUGCAGUCGGCGCCGGAACGUGAAGCCAUACGCGAUAAGAUCGACGAGUCGGAAAAGAUCUGUCGCUAUGUAUUGCAACUGUUCCUGUCGGCCGUUGUCAGUGGCUGUUGCUUUGCGGCCUGUUCAGCCGAACGUCAGUUGCCGUUCCCCUCCUGGAUGCCGUGGGACUAUCAGGAAUCCCAGGGCAUCUACGCACUGACUUUCGUAGUCCAGUCUUUGGGCAUACUUGCCUUGGCAGUAAUUUGCGCCAGCAACGAUACGUAUCCGCUGGUCUAUCUCAUCAUGGUCGCUGCCCACUGCAAGGCGCUGGCCCUGCGCAUCGCCAAGCUGGGCCACAAUGCUCUCAGCCAGGAGCAGACGCACCAGCAGCUGCUUGCAUGCAUCCAGGAUCAUCAGACCAUAGUAGUUUGUUUCCCAUUCAUUCAUUUAUUCGCCUGCAGAUUGUUGAAAAUCUUGAACACCUCCAUGUCGAGCGCCUGCAUCAUUCAGUUCGUCUGCACGGCCACCUCUCUGUGCACCCUCUCGUACAUCGUGAUCUACAUUGAGAUGAGCUUCUUCCGGCUAUGCCAUGUGUUCUCCUUGCUGACGAGCAUCACUAUUGAGACGCUGCUCAUCUGCUAUGCCUCCGAGCAAGUCACCCACGAGGGCGGACAGAUGGCCAUUGCGAUCUAUGACACCAACUGGAUCGAUCAGCCGGUCCGUUUCCGGCGUACCCUGGUGCUCAUGCUAAUGCGCUCGCAGCGUCCCAUUUGCAUUGUGGCUGGCAAUAUUUUGCCGGUGCGCAUGACAACGCUGCUUUCGGUUAUCAAGGGAGCCUAUACCAUGUUCACGCUGUUAAAAGAAGCCAAAUCGAAGAACUAAGUAUAUACGUACAUAUAUACAUACUUAUAUAUAAGCAGUAUAUACAGGCCAGCCUUAUGAAUAUCGUAGGACACUCUCCACACAGACACCAUCACACACACACAGAGUCGUACAGCAAGGCUUUAUAUUAUUGAAAAUAAUUGGCACGCACAGUUUAAUAAGUAGGAGUCCUACCGACUGGAGGAUACCUUCUACUGUAGUAGCACAAAUGGCACUUGAGUUACCAUUGAUCUGAGCUGUGCGAUAAAUAUCGCCUCGUCACGGUGCGCGAUAUAUUUACUUGUAAAGAAAUUCACUCUGUUCUCUUGUCACAUGCAAUGGCUUCUUCCCGUUUCUUCCCAUAUUCCCCAUCGAGUCAGUUGCUGGGCAUGCGAAGCCAUUGAAGCGAAUGCUCACCCAAUAUGGCCAUCGACUGGCGGCGUUCCGUAUCGCUGGCCAUGCAGGACUCGGCUGGAUGUGCGUGCGUGCGUGCGUGCGUGCGUGCGUGCCGCCAUUUUCAUAUUCAGCUGCCACCGGAAAUGCGCAUUUUAUGCAAGUGUCACCCAAUGGCGUCCAGCGGAAGUUGUUUAUCUUACGCAGCAACGCGGCGUAUACGCGCUAGCCGUUGAUAAUAUAAUUAUGAAAGUGUCAUGUGAAUGGGAAAAGGACAUUUAUAUAUGUAUAUACGCAUAUAUACUAGGCCCGACUCGGCUUGGCACACACUUUGACCUGAUGCUGGUAAAAGUCUACACUUUUGUGAUUUUUUCCACUUCUUUUAUUUUAUACAAUUCCUCUUCAAUAUAAUUUGAAGAGUUUAUAAUAUACUUUAUAUCAACUUUAUAUCAUCUGUUUAAAGCUCAUUAUGAAUAAACACUGUUACUAAUAAAUCUA